AUGUUAGUGGAGCGAACAGAUAUAGCUGCCUGGCGAUUUAAAUACUCGAGUGAAAUCAAAAAAUACCGAGAAAAGGGGCGGACUAUAGUCUAUUUAGACGAAACUUUUAUACAUUCUUCAUAUGGUGUGCAAAAAUGUUGGCAGUCAGAGUCUGAAGAAGGUGCAUUGGUCAGAGAUUCUGGUACGGGUAGGCGAUGGAUAAUUGCACACGCUGGAACUACAGAUGGCUUCAUUAAUAAUGCGUUACUGCUAUUCAAAUCACAAACAAAAUCAUCCGACUACCAUGACGACAUGAAUAGCGAUAACUUUAUAAAAUGGCUGGAAAAACAAGUUUUACCAAACCUGCCACCUAUAUGUGUGAUUGUGAUGGACAAUGCACCAUAUCAUACUGUACAAACAAAUAAAAGCCCUAAUAUGGCAAGCCUCAAAGCAGAUAUGGUGGAGUGGCUUCAAAACAAGGCGCUGUUGUUUUCACCAAAUUUGACAAAAAAUGUUUUAUAUGAAUUAAUAAAAAAAAAUAAACCAGGGCCUAUAUAUAAAGCCGACGAAUUAAUUAAAUCACAUGGUCAUAUUAUUUUACGACUGCCCCCAUAUCAUGCGGAUUUAAAUUCAAUUGAGUUAGUUUGGAGUGUAAUGAACAGGCGGUUUGCCGAGAAAAAUGUGAGCCAGAGGGAUGAUCAAGUGGAAUCACUUAUAAAGGAAUCAUUUGGCUCAAUAAGCAAUGAGAUUUGGAAAAAAGAGUGCUCACAUGUUAUAAAAAUUGAAGAUGACUACAUAGUAAAAGAUAAAACAAUAGAUGAAGGAAGUGAUCGUUUUUUAUUGAAAAUUUACGUGAAAAUUAAAAUGUCGAAAAGGUACCAAGGAUGGAGAGCUCGUCGAAUUUUAGCAGAAAUAAAAGAUAAAGAUAAUAGCGCUAAAGAAGUUCCUCAACAAAGUUCAACACAGAAACCGUAUGGCAGUAUCCAGAAGUCUGAAAGUGAUGAGAAUUCCAAAUCUGUUAAUGGAACUAUCUCAAGUAGCAUGCAUACUCACCUGCUGGAACUAAUUGGAAAUAACUCUAAGAACUGUAUGAUCUCGAAUUGUUUCUUGAAGAAACACGUUUCUUUAUCCGAUUUAACUUCUGACACUCAAGAACAAAAAGCUUUUAACAGAACAAGAAGUCUAUCAGCUCCGCCUUCUCUUCAUUUUCAUUUUGCUCCUGUUUCUAAAAGUCUUUCUGUUCAUUCAGCUGUCCACUUUACUAAUGAAGACAGCGAUGCGACUUAUUGUGAAAGUGAGUCUGAAAAAGACUCUUCAGACGAUUUUGGAGAUAUGAAUGAAGGACGAAAGCGGCGUCAUAUCCGAGACGAAAAUUCUUGGAAGAAAAACAAAGCCAAGAAACUUCGCAUGCUUGGUGAAGAAUAUGUUGGAUACAGGAAACCUAAAGGAUGCAAAGCGACACAAGAUCAAGUUCGUUUAGCAAAAAUUUUAGGACCACCAUGUACGUCCAGUUUUUGUCAAAAGAGUAAGUUGAGAGGUUGCCAAAGGUUUGAAGAGGAGACUAGGAAAUCCAUACACGAUAAAUUCUGGAAAACGAUGAACUGGGAUCAACGUAGAGUUUAUGUAGCUGGUCUUGUCACGCGCUCUGCUCGAUCCCGCCAUACAAAAUCUGCUUUGGAAACUUCACGACGAGAAGGCACAUUUAGCUAUUAUUUGCCAAUAGAAUCGGACGUGAAAGUCCAGGUUUGCAAAAGAAUGUUUUUAAGUACGUUAUCGCUUUGUUCUACUGCCGUGCAGUCUUGGGUAAAACAAGCAGAAUUUGCAAUGGUGCCCAAUCAAAAUUUUCGUAAUUCUAGAGCAAGCAGCAAUGUUGACAGGAAAACCAUAACGUUGCGACGUAAAGCUGGCGAUUCUGUUGUCACAGACCUGCGUGCAAUGAAAUACACACCAAAUGGUGACAUCCUGAUAAAACUUGAUUUUGAUGAAGAUUGGGCUUUGCCUCAAAGAAAGUGCAACAUUAACACUCCUGUGGUUUACUCGCAAUUACAUGAAAGUCCCCUACCAAUUUCGUCAACCAAAUAUAACCAUCUUCAGCAAUUAAAAGAUGUUCUACCAAAAGAUUGUCAUCCGUUUUAUGAUGCGUUGCCGCAUGUU